AUGGUAUCACAAAAUGACUCACGGAGUGGGGAUACUAUCAUAUCUAAAGAAAAAAGUAACUUUAUUAUUUCUCGAAGUGAGGAUGUUCUCACAUCUAAAUUAGAUGAUACCAGAGAAACCAAUACAUUCGUCCCAAAAGAACAAUCUUCGGCUAAUAUCAGUGAUGCAGUCGAGCUUCUUGUACAUCGAAUUCUGAUAUAUCUGAUAUUGCUUCAAAUUCUGGCUUCUAAAUCACUGGAAGACGAGGAGAUCGAUGAAUUCCUGGAUACAAAACGUAAGGUGAAGAAAUUAUUAAAGAAAAGAAACUCCGAGAUCAAGAAAUGUCUUCAAGAAGACAAGACACUUCUCCAAAAAACUGAUUUCCCCUCCAUUACUUCUUAA